AGAGGGACAAGGCACUGACUCCCACUCCAACCCACUGCAGAUACCCAGGGAGCUUGAGAUUUGGCAUCCAGAUUUGGGUCAUUAUCGCUAAUUCACUGGAAAAAUGGCUCCUAUAGUGUGCUGUGACCACUGAUGUCUGCAGAAGAGUUUGCUCCAUGUUUUGUUUCUUAGGUACUGUUUCUGUUAAACUUCAGGAGUUUAUUACUGUGUGACUUUUUAAUCUCCCAGCUGUGCCUUCUACCGGAAUACCGUCACUCCUUCUUUGGACUGUCUCGACCGCCUUCACCAAUGCUGGCUGAACCGUGUGGAGUCACGGCGAUGGGGUCGGAUGUUCGAGAUCUGAAUCUCUUACCUCCAGCACCUCCUGUGCCAUCCUUACCAGGAGUUGGUGGUGGCCAGUGGACCCAACUGCUGGACCUCCACCCUGGCUCUCCCUACACUUCCCUGCCCUCCCACCACUCCCUCAUCAAGCAGGAACCAGGUUGGGGUACCACCGAUCCAAUAGAGGACCCUCACUGUGGACUCGGGGCCUUCACAGUGCACUUCUCAGGCCAGUUUACAGGCUCAGGCCCCUGUCGAGUUGGGGCCUUCGGAGAGCCAACGGCAGGUCAACCAAGGAUGUUUCCCAAUGGAACCUACCUGCCCAGCUGUAUGGACAGUCCUCCUGCUCCCAGGAACCAGGCUUAUGGAGCGGUGGGUUUAGACAGCAACCAAAGUUAUGGUCACACUCCGUCUCACCACACCCCUCAGCUCUCCAGCCUGUCUUUCAAACAUGAGGACACAAUGUCACCGCCAAACAACAUAGUUGACCAGCAGUACCCUGCUCCUCCUCCCAUGUUUGGUUGCCACAAUCCUUCAGAAUCCUGUCCGAGCAGCCAAGCUCUGCUGCUGAGAAACAGUGAAAACCUGUACCAAAUGGCAUCUCAGCUGGACUGUGUAACAUGGAACCAAAUGAACAGCCUGGCAUCUUCCAUGAAGAGUGAGGACACUUUGACUGGACCGCACUUCUUCGAGGACUUGGUUUUAGAUGGCCAUACAACCAGCUACGACAGUGACCCCACAGUCCCGCCUCCGCCCAUGCUCGUCAGUGCCCAGUACCACAUACACACACACGGUGUCUUCAGAGGACUUCAGGAUGUUCGACGGGUAGCUGCCAUUGCCCCACCAGUUGUGAAAGAGGCCAAUGAAAAGCGUCCAUUUGUGUGUGCUUACCCUGGCUGCAGCAAGAGAUACUUCAAACUGUCACAUCUGCAGAUGCACGGCCGCAAACACACAGGAGAGAAGCCUUACCAGUGUGAUUUCACAGACUGCGGCCGUAGAUUCUCUCGCUCAGACCAGUUAAAGAGGCACCAGCGCAGACACACAGGAGUGAAGCCCUUUCAGUGCGAGACGUGUCAGAGAAAGUUUUCACGGUCAGAUCAUCUUAAGACGCACACUCGGACUCAUACAGGUAAAACAAGUGAGAAGCCCUUCUCCUGCCGCUGGUCCAACUGUCAGAAGACAUUUGCCCGCUCUGACGAGUUGAUGCGCCACCACAGCAUGCACCAAAGGAACCUGACCAAGCUGCAACCUGCCAUCUGAGCAGCGAGAGGAGGAAGAGAAGGAUGAAGAGGAAGGUGACAGUAUGUUGUGCCAGUUAGUAGAGAAAGAUGCUGGAGCCUGGUCAACAGUUAUGGUCCCCUGCUAGACUCGCCAAAGUGGUGAGCACAGCUGACGCCUCCCUCAGCCAGCCAACAUUAAGAGACUACGAUGAUCCUCGAGGUCUUCAAGAUGCACCUCAAACUAGCCCUCGUUGCAGUUAUUUGACGUUAUAACUCAGACUGAGUACAAUACCACAGUAACUCUGAGCCAAGAAGAUUUUUUAUGUGAGAUGAGGAAAAUGUUCAUGCAUUAUUUUGGAUAUUUUAAUACACUUGCACUGGGUUCUUUUUUUCAUUAUUAAAAUUGUGUCACCUUGAAAAUGUGCUGGACGAUGUAAACUGGAUUUAGGAAAUGGACAUUGUGUCUUUUUCUUUUUGUCCAUUAAGUUGAACACAGUUCAUUUGUGCUUUGGGGAAUGUGAACGUCUUUAUAUUCCUACCCACCAAAUUGCUUUGUAUAUACUGUAUGUGGUGUAUUUGCUUACCUUUAUUGACAUUCCUUUUGUAUUUUCUAUGUUUUUGUAAGUUUAUAAAAUGUUGAUUCACAUUGUUGUC